UGUUGGAGGUGGGAUUAGUAUUUUUUCGGCUAGGAUUGACAGCUGGUAACUGGCGUCGAGUCACUCUGGCGUCGUUCAGGUCGUGAGAGAACCUUCUGGAGAUACCCUGCUUUUGAGGGCGUCUCGUUGACCUUGGGUGUUUUUUUUUAGAAUUCCUCUUCGCCGAAAAGGUCUGACCCUGUGUUAUCUGCACCGCCGCCGUGCAGUAUUUAUAUAAUAUAAUAACACACCACAAACCCCCACAGCGACCGAGCAGUUCAUCGCGUCCAAGGGCGAGCAGGGGUGUGUUUAUGUCUUUAUUUUACGAAAACGGUGAGUACCCGGACGACAGGAGCGACGGAUGGGAAAGAGCUGUUGCGCUGGUACCUGUGUGGGGGAAACUUGGACUACAAGCGAGGAGCUUGCAGCCUCAGUGGCGCAAACUUUUUCAUGUCAGAGACCGAGUACACUUACAGUCGUUUAUGUCAUCCGCUCUUCUCCAGACAGAAGAUACCAAAAAAUUGCAAGCAAAGAUCAUUUUAUCUUAUUGACAAAACUACUAGUAAGCCAAAAUGUCUGUCAACGUUAACCGCAGCGUCUUAGACCAGUUCUAUCGCUACAAGAUGCCCCGUCUGAUUGCCAAGGUUGAGGGCAAAGGAAAUGGAAUAAAGACAGUUAUAGUCAACAUGGUUGACGUUGCAAAGGCACUUAAUCGGCCUCCAACGUAUCCCACCAAGUUUUUUGGUUGUGAGCUGGGAGCACAGACCCAGUUUGAUGCCAAGAAUGACCGCUUUAUUGUCAAUGGAUCUCAUGAGGCGAAUAAGCUGCAAGACAUGUUGGAUGGAUUCAUUAGAAAGUUUGUGCUGUGUCCAGAGUGUGAUAAUCCAGAAACUGACCUGCAUAUCAAUACUAAGAAACAAACCAUAGGUAAUUCCUGCAAAGCCUGCGGAUACCGAGGCAUGCUUGACACAAGACAUAAGCUCUGCACGUUCAUUCUUAAAAACCCACCUGAGAAUGAGAGUGGAUCUGCAAAAAAAGAGAAGGAUAAGAAGAACCGCAAGGGUAAAGAUAAGGAAAAUGGAUCUGACAGUGGAGAAGCUGGCAGUCCUAAUGCUAUAGAUGCACCUGACGCAGUUGAUAGGGAUGAUGAUGAUGAAGACUGGGGUGAAGAAACCACAGAAGAAGCUCAGAGGCGCAGAAUGGAGGAAAUUAGUGAUCAUGCUAAAAACCUGACACUCUCUGAAGAUUUGGAAAAGACCCUGGAGGAAAGAGUCAAUUUGUUUUAUAACUUUGUCAAGCAAAAAAAGGAAGAAGGAUCCAUCGAUACUGCAGACAAAGAGAUACUUGCUGAAGCGGAGCGACUGGAUGUGAGCGCCAUGGGCCCCUUAAUCCUGAGUGAGCUGCUGUUUGACGAGAACAUCCGGGACCAAAUGAAGAAAUACAAGCGUCACUUUUUGCGUUUUUGUCACAACAACAAAAAAGCCCAGAAAUACCUGCUUGGAGGCUUCGAAUGUCUGGUUAAGAUCCAUCAGACUCAACUGCUUCCAAGAGUCCCACUUGUGCUGAAGGACAUGUAUGAUGCCGAUCUUCUUGACGAGGACGUUAUCCUUGCUUGGGCCGAAAAGGUGUCUAAGAAAUACAUUACCAAGGAGCUGGCCAAAGAGAUACAUGCUAAGGCUGCUCCUUUUAUCAAAUGGCUAAAAGAAGCAGAGGAGGAAAGCGGGGGCAGUGAAGAGGAGGAGGAGGAGGAAGAUGAGCAUGUGGAGGUGGUGUAUUUGUCCUCUGCUACACAGCUGAAAGUUGAAACUGUCAAAGCUGCCAAGGAAGAGGAAGACAUUGAUAUCGAUGCCAUUUAAAAUUGCUGCUUGAGCUUAGUAAAGCUUGCCUGCUUUUGAAGUAGAUUACAAAGCUUAGAUAAUACAACAAGCAUUCCUGCACAGCUACUACUGUUAAUCUGAAUUUUACAGCUUUGCGAUAUUGUGUUUGACAUUCUUAUUGGUGAGUUGUGGUGGAAUCUAAGACUAUCAUUGAUUCUAUUGAGUGGGCUUAUUUAGUAUCUUUUU